CAUGGACAGGGUAAAACUGAAACAGCUUCGAUAUGUAUUCCUUUUCAGUUGACUUACGUUAACCGUUACCAGUUGGCAUAUCCCAUUCAUGAGCAUUAUCCAAAACUUUAUGUAAGAUCUGUCGGCAAGGCAAUUGGAUGUUGAAUCACAAAUAAUUCACUCACCCGCCAAUACCUACCAUUCUCUGCUUCCUUUACUCUUUCACCUUCACACUGUUUCUCUCUCUCUGAAUUCCCACAAGAUAUUAUGGAGGGUCUAAUCAAGGGCUUGGCCGAUGUGAUUCUCGGUGCCAACGAUCAAGAUCGUGAUCAACAUCACCAAUCACACGAUGAUGAAGAACGCUCCAGAUCCUCUUGGGCUGAGGUUGUCUCCGGAGAUCAAGAUCAAGAUCAACAGGAUCAGACUCAGUCUCAUCAAGGUUCAGGUUCCAGAUUCUCCAACAGACCCCACAGGGAGAAGGAGGAAGAGGAAUCGUGGCGAGAUGACAGUUACAGUCACAAGGAAAAAUAUCGUCCUCAGCGGGAGGAGUGUGAAUCUGAGAGUUUCAACAGUCCCAACAGACCCCCCAAGUUGAUUGAAGAUAACAACGAUGGAUGGCAGACUGUUGGCAAGCCUUCAAGGCAGACACACAAGGUUCCAAAGGAAAACUGGAACAGCUAUAAACUACCUGCUGAUGAGCAACAAUACUCUAAUGAGGUUGAAGCUGGUGCUGGUGUAGAGCCAUCACAAAGUGAACUUGGUGAUCUGUCACGAGCUUGCGAAAAGCUUUGGGAUCUCGAUUCAAAUCGUUUGGUACCUGGAAAGGACUAUGAAAUUGACUGUGGAGAAGGGAAAAAGGCUUACCAAAAGCAAGAUAUGGCUCAGGGAAGCUUGUUCACUUGGGUUAGUGAUGAUGUCUUCAGAAAGCCUACGUUUGCUCGUUUUCUUUCACUUUUAGAUAAUUACAACCCACAUCAAGGAUCUAAAGAAGUUGUCACAUCUGAAGAGAGACAAGAGCAAGCUUCUUUCAUAGAAGAAAUCAGCAGGACUGCACCAAUUAAAUAUCUUCACAAGUUUCUUGUAUCCAAGGGAAUUGCAUCAGGAAGCUACCAGGAUUUCAAGAGAAUGAUGACAAGUCUGUGGUUCGACCUUUAUGGCCGCGGCGGCACUUCUGGUUCCUCUUCUGCUUUUGAACAUGUUUUUGUUGGAGAAAUCAAACAACAGGGUGAAGUUUCUGGUUUUCAUAACUGGCUACAGUUUUACCUUGAAGAAGCAAAGGGAAGAGUUGAUUAUCAAGGCUAUCUCUUUCCUCGUCGGCGGGGAGAAAUUCCUGACUCUGAAACCCAGCUUCUGACAAUUCAGUUUGAAUGGAAUGGUGUUCUGAAAUCUGUAUCAAGCACUUUGGUUGGAGUGAGCCCUGAAUUUGAAAUUGCUCUGUAUACCCUAUGUUUCUAUGCUGGCGAGGAAGAUAACCACAUUCAGCUUGGUCCAUAUGAAAUUAAUGUCAAAUGCUAUCGUCUUGGUGAUCGAAUUGGAUCUGUUUUCCCCAUUGCAGAGUCUUGAACUUUCAGUUGCAAGCAAUAUAGUAUCUAUUCUUAAUGAAAUCAUUUCUUAUAAUACUAGAGAACUUGUAGAUCAUAGCUUUCAAGGCAAAAUAUCAAUUAGACCAACAUUGAACUAUACAUUCGCUGUCUCUUUUGUCUUGUAGAAAACAAUGUUGAACUAGUUUACUUCCAUUUUGUAAUUCAGAGUCUAUAUGCUAUUAUUUAUUGUUGUUAAA